AUGCUAGUGCUCGAAACUACUACGGGGACUGUAAUUUCUUGUGUAUUAAAAUGUCCCGAGGCAUUGCCUUGCCAGAUUUCCGUCAUUGUUGCUGCUAUUGCCGAGUUCUUUGUGAUGGGAAUCUCGACAUACCAUCGUUUAACCAUGUACAGAAUGGUGAAGUUGGUUCGGCCUCAGUUCAAUCAACAAAAAGAUUUAUACAUUGUUCUGCUUCAUGGUCAUUCAUUAGCUUUUCUUCAAGAACAAAUGAAAUUUUAUGUCAACAGCGAAGCCUACCAAACACAUGCAAACCAGUUGGAGAAGUCUCACAACCAACUUGUCCAAAGCACCCUAGACAUUGGUUCCUACAACCUUCUACAUAGCUUCACUCAUCUUGCUAAUGGCUUUGUAGUCCAUACUACUCCCUUUCAGGCAGAGAAGCUAAAAAAGAACUCAAUGGUGAAGUUGGUAGAAAGAGAUAGGGGAGCCAAAUUAAUGACAACUUACAGUCCAGAAUUCCUAAGAUUGCCAGAAACUGUAUGGGUUCAACAAGGAGGAGAGGAAAAUGCAGGGGAAGGAAUUGUGAUAGGCUUUGUAGAUUCUGGCAUAAACCCAUUUCAUCCAAGCUUUGCUGGUGAUCAGUAUGAUGAUUUGAUGAUCAAAAAUUCUGCAUUAGUCUGCUUGAAUUCGAGUCGAUUUUGCGGUGGGUGCGAGACGGGUCCUCGUUUUCCGAUGAGUUCAUGUAAUGGGAAAAUUGUUUCAGCAAGAUUCUUUGCUGAUGGUGCUCAAGCUGUUGCUCGUCUUAAUGCUUCUGUUGAUUUUCUUUCCCCUUUUGAUGCUGUUGGUCAUGGCAGUCAUGUAGCAUCAACAGCUGCUGGGAAUUUCAGGGUUCCAGUGGUGGUAAAUGGGUAUUAUUAUGGAACAGCCAGUGGGAUGGCGCCACGUGCUCGGAUUGCAGUUUACAAGGCAGUUUAUCCAACAAUUGGUACUCUUACUGAUGUCUUGGCUGCAAUUGAUCAUGCGGUAAAAGACGGUGUAGACAUCCUGAACUUGUCGGUAGAACCAGAUGAGCCAGCCGAAGACACAGUAACUUUCCUUGAUGUAUUUGAGAUCUUCAUGUUACUAGCAAGAAGAGCAGGGGUUUUUGUGGUUCAAGCAGCAGGAAACAAAGGACCUGAUUCAAGCACUGUUGUGUCAUACAGCCCUUGGUCUGUUGGAGUUGCUGCUUGCAGCACAGACAGAAGCUACUCUGCCACUCUCGUCCUUGGAAAUAGUCGGAAGAUGGAAGGAGUCGGGUUAUCAGGGCCAACUUUUGGAAAUGGGAUACUGAAAUAUAAGCUAGUGCUAGCAAAAGAUGCUGUUUAUGUUAAUGGAUCAUUCCCUAGGAUUCCGCCUUACACCGAGGAAUGCCAGUUUCCCGAAGCUCUUGAUCCGAUUGCUGUAACAGGCAGCAUAGUGAUCUGUACAUUCUCGACAGGAUUUUACAAUCAGACUUCCUCUCUAACUUCCAUCAUCAACACUGCAAAAACCUUGGGAUUCAUGGGUUUCAUCCUAGUUGCAAAUCCUGUUUAUGGUGACUUUGUAGCUGAACCAGUGCCUUUCCCUGUGCCAGGGAUUUUGAUCCCUAAAAUUUCAGAUACAAAGAUCAUAACUCAAUACUAUGAGGAGCAAACUAAAAGAACUGGACAAGGGAGUGUAAUAACAUAUGGUGGAAGAGCCUCCAUAGGUGAAGGAAGAGUGGCUGCUUUUGACAGACAAGUGCCUGUUGUAAGCAGAUUCUCUUCUAGGGGACCUGAUAUCAUAGAUAGCCACAAAAAUCCUGCAGAUGUUCUUAAGCCCGAUUUCGUGGCUCCAGGACAACAGAUUUGGGCAGCUUGGAGCCCUCUUAGUGUCUCAGAGCCUAUACUUGAAGGUAACAAUUUUGCUUUGAUGACUGGAACUAGUAUGGCAGCACCUCAUAUUGCAGGAAUAGCUGCACUGAUCAAGCAACAAAAUGCUUCAUGGACUCCAUCCAUGAUUGCAUCAGCAAUGUCCACUACUUCAACUAAAUAUGACAGUUCUAAGAAAGUUAUACUAUCUGAAGGAUAUGAACCUGGUAGCUUGUAUCCUUCCACUCCCUUUGAUAUAGGUGCUGGUCUGGUGAAUCCAGCAAAAGCUCUAGACCCUGGUUUAGUAUUCAUCCCAGGAGAAGGAGAAUAUGUGGCUUUCCUAUGCUCGUUACCCAACAUAAACCAAGAAAAAGUAGAAGCUGCAACAGGAGGAUCAUGCAGCCAUUCACUUGCACAUCCAGCAGAUUUGAACCAACCAUCAGUCACAAUAACAUCUCUAAUCAGAUCUCAAGUCGUUAAUCGUAAUGUGAUCAAUGUGGGAAACAAACAGGAAACUUACCUGUGUGCAGUGCUUCCCCCAAAUGGGGUGACAGUUGAUGUAUCUCCUACUUGGUUCACCAUUUCUCCAGGGGAGUCCCAGCAUUUGGAAUUAAAACUGAAUGUUAGUCAGUCACAGAAGGAAUUUAGUUUUGGAGAGAUUGUUUUGACAGGAAGUUUGGAUCAUAUUGUGAGAGUGCCUUUGUCAGUUUUGGCAGUUACAAAUCCUUAAAAUGGUGAAUAUUGAUGCAAUUAUACUUGUACCAUUUGGUGCAAAAAAACAAAUAGCAAUUUAGAAAAAAAUUCAUGUUGG